AUGAUCGCACGUUUGCUACGCUCGUUAGUCUAUCUCCUCGUCUUGGACCUCAGUGUAGCCCCAGUAUGUGCACGGCACAGAUCGGUAUCGACACCAGGAGGAACCACUUGCAACAACGCACGCAAUCGGGGUUGUUGGACAGAUUCCAUCGAUAUCAAUACCGACUACGAGGACCUUACCCCGGUAACGGGAAGAGAGAGAACUUAUACGUUCGUGUUGACAGAAGUCGACAACUUUAUCGGUGGCGAUGGUGCGGUCAAGAAGAAAGCGAUGCUAGUGAAUGGCCAGUUUCCCGGCCCGAUCAUUAACGCAGACUGGGGCGACCGCAUUACCAUCACUGUAGUCAAUCGACUGCAAACAAAUGGGACGUCGGUCCACUGGCACGGAAUCCGACAACUGUAUAGCUGCACGCAAGACGGCACGAACGGCGUCACCGGUUGUCCGAUCCCACCUGGCGGCCAAAAGCGGUACUCGUUUCUAGCCACCCAGUAUGGGACGGCAUGGUACCACUCUCACUUCUCGGCCCAGUACGGCAAUGGGGUCUUGGGGGCCAUAGUCAUCAACGGUCCUGCCUCGCUCAACUACGACAUCGACCUCGGCCCUUUGCUAAUCGGUGACUGGUAUCACAUGGGUGUAGACGCCAUCGUGUCGCGCGUCAAUGACCCCCGCAACCCAUACCGUGAAAAUGUUCCCGGAUCGUCGCCACCAAGCGACAAUGUCUUAUUCAACGGACUCAACGUCAACACGAGGGGCCCAGGCGGCGACUACCACACCGUCGUUCUCACCAAGGGCGCCAAGCACCGUCUGAGGUUGAUCAACCACUCAGUUGAGAACACAUUUACCGUCAGCAUAUCAGGACACUCCUUCUGGAUCAUCGCAACAGACAUGGUUCCCGUGAAGCCGGUACGGGUUGACAGCGUGUACAUGUCGAUAGGUCAACGAUACGACAUCGUGAUCGAAGCUGAUCAGGAAGUGGCCACGUACUGGAUCAACGCCACCUUUUCUAGUGCGCCAUGUGGCUCAUCGCGCAACAGCCACCCAGCUGCGGUGGUCUCAUAUAAAGGUGCGGCACACAAGCUCCCCAAAGACUACGGAGCAACGCCGCCAGACUCGCUCUGUGCCGAUCAUCUCGGCUUCCAGCCGGUGGUGCAGAAGAUUCCCCCGCUAGACAAGUUCCAAGGCUCGCCAGAGGAGAUCCUUGAUGUCAAGCUGAGAGUGGAGGACAGCAUCGCGCGGGUAUUCUGGCCUAUCAACAAUACACCCAUGAACAUAUCGUGGGGUCAGCCUACACUUCGAUACGUCCAGUCGGACAAGGUCUUUGAGAUGAAUGCCGGGGAGAAUGUAAUUCAUGUCCCAGGGGAGGAAACAUGGGCCUUCUGGCUUAUUCAGAAUGAUUCUCCCAUACCCCAUCCGAUGCAUCUCCAUGGACACGAUAUCUUAGUCUUGGGGUCAUCUGACCCGCUUGCCAAGCCGAGAGAGCAUAGCUUCAGGGCUUACAAUCCCGGGUCUGACAAAGGCCGCCUCAAUGGAUUCAAUCCCACCCGCCGCGACACGACCGUCCUCCCCGCAUACGGCUGGUCUGUUGUCGCUUUCCACACAAACAACCCUGGCGCGUGGGUCUUCCACUGUCACGUCGCCUGGCAUGUGUCGCAGGGCAUGAGCAUACAAUUCUUGGAGCAAGAGAGUAAGAUACCGGAGGUGAUGAAGCUGGAGGAUAUUGACGAGAACUGCAACGCCUGGAAUGAUUGGUAUCCAAUGAAAGCACCGUUUCAGCAAGAUGAGCUUGGUUUGUAA